AUGUCCGCUCGUCGCCCUCCUCCCGCCUACACCGCACCGCCCGACUCGGGAGUCCAUGCCACCUCGCCGCUGUACCGGGCCAUCUCCGAAACCGCCAGCAGCCCCUCAGCGCGGGUGCCCCAGAACUCAUUUACCAUUCGACCAUGCUCCGGCCAAGCGUGGGUGGUGCCUGCCGGUCACAUCUGCCGUCUGACGACACCCAAGGGACCGCAGGUCGGCGACCUGAACAUCUGGAACGCAAAGAACCCGCGAGAGCGCAUGUGGGCGGCGCGGACGCGACAGAUCCAUGCCUCCCACGUCUCGGUCGGUGAUCGCCUGUGGUCCAACCUGCCGUAUUUACGACCUCUGGUCACCAUCACGGGCGACUCCCUCGGCGGUGGACAGCUGCAUGAGGUGCUCGACGCAGAAGGCAAGCGGAAACCUGAGGUUGAGUUUGGGACGACGCAGUUCGGGGGCCGGGUGCAUGAUCUGCUGGGCACGCGGUGCGAUCCUUACGUCAAUUUGCUGAUGGGCGGGGAGACGUUUGAUUUUCAUUGUCAUUCGAAUCUGACCCGCUCGGUGGUGCCGUAUGGAUUGACGGAGCUGGAUGUGCAUGACGUGUUGAAUGUGUUUCAGGUGACGGGACUGGAUGAACAGGGCAAGUACUUUAUGGAGACAUCUCCGGCAAAGCAGGGGGAGUACUUUGAGUUUUUCGCAGAGGUGGAUGUCCUCUGCGCGUUGUCGGCCUGUCCUGGUGGUGCGUGUCCCAUUAAAUGUGUUCUGAGGUAUACCUCACAGCUAACUUGGAUUAAUGCAGGCGACCUUUCCAACUGGGGCUGGGAUGACAAGGAGGGUGGCAUGGGGGCAACCUGCCGUCCUCUGGGCGUGGAGGUGUAUCAAUUGGCGGAUGACAAGGUGCUGGCCGGGUGGAGGGAGCCCUCUAGCCCCCAGUACCGAGGCAUGCAUGGGAUGAAGAUGCCUACGCGGGAGGCAGACGGCUAUGUGGGGUUGUAG